CAAUAGCGCACGCUAGAGCUCGUCGUUUGUCAUGGAAACGAUGAAUAUUGCGAUUGAGGGUUGUUGUCAUGGAGAACUCGAUAGGAUUUACGAGACGAUGAGUUUGAUUGAGAGACAGCAUGAGAUGAAGAUUGACUUGCUGAUUUGUUGUGGAGACUUUCAGGCUGUGAGGAAUUUGGCUGAUCUACAAUGCAUGGCUGUACCUCCUAAAUAUCGACAGAUGCAAACAUUUUAUAAGUAUUACAGCGGGGAGAAGGUAGCUCCCGUUUUGACUCUUUUUAUUGGCGGAAAUCACGAGGCUUCGAACCAUUUGUGGGAACUUUCAUAUGGAGGCUGGGUGGCUCCUAACAUCUUUUAUCUUGGACGAUCGGGACUGGUGAAGUUUGCAGGUCUUAGAAUUGGUGGACUGUCGGGCAUAUAUAAGCCACAUGAUUAUAACAAAGGUGUUUAUGAGUCUCCACCAUUUGAUAACAGCACGUGUAGGAGUAUUUAUCAUGUUCGGUCAUAUGAUGUUUUCAAAUUGAAACUGAUAUCGGGAGCCGUGGACAUAUUUCUAUCUCACGAUUGGCCAAGAGGAGUUUAUCACCAUGGAGACAGUGACAAACUCUUAAGACAAAAGUCAUUCCUUACACAAGAGGUACAGUCUAACUCUCUUGGCAGUCCACCAGCUGAAGAACUGCUUCACCAUAUGAAGCCUUCCUAUUGGUUUUCUGCUCAUCUGCACGUCAAGUUUGCUGCUGUUGUUAAACAUGGUGUUGAUGUUGCCAACGAGGAAGAAAGGAAGGAGACGAAGUUUCUGGCGUUGGACAAGUGUUUACCGAGAAAGGAUUUCUUGCAGGUUUUGUCAUUGCCGGUUCGUGGUGAAAAGAAGCUUGAAUAUGAUGCUGAGUGGCUGGCCAUCACAAAUACUACUCGACCUUUGCUUAGUUUGUCGAGAGGAUAUCAGAGCUUUCCUUCUGAGACGUCAGAUGAAUUUCAAAAGUAUAAGGCUAGUAUUGAAGAUAUCAAGGCUGUUCAAGAGGCAUUUGGUGGAGAUCUCACAAUUCCACAAAACUUUUCUCAGAUCGUUCCAGCAUACAACCCGUCAGCUCGAGAUCACAGUCAAGUUGCUGCCUGUGAGCAUCCACAAACGACUGAGUUCUGUCGAAAACUCGGGAUUGAAAAUCCAUUUAGACCAGAGAACUCGAGUCAAAUUGCCAUGCCAUCAGUCACCACAUCACAAUGUCGUAAUCCUGAUGAAAUCACACUAAGCGACGACAACGACGACGAACCUGAAAACGAUCAACCAACAGCAGAAGUUCUACCUGCUGAUCCCAAUCCUGACGAAAUCGAUCUUGGAUCUGAUGAGAGUGACACUCUUGACGGUGGAAAUGGGUGCAAUGAUGGUGUGAGUUGUAGAGAAGAGUCUGAAUCGAAGCAGCCGAGGUUGGAUAGUGAGACUGAGGUAAAGGUGGCGGAAAGCUGUAGAGAUGGUAGUGAUGGUUGUAGUUGAUCUGUGUGCUGGUUUUGAUUGAUUGUUUGUAAUUGAAUGAUUUUAUUGAUGUGGUUUUAUG